GAGAAGGGGAAGGCAUCAGCAUCGGGGGUGGGCAGGAUGGGCACAGAUGGCACCGGGGUAUCAGGGGCAGGCAGGAUGGGCACAGAUGGCACUGGGGUGCCUGGCCACCGGCACGGAGGACGUACAGAAACUGCAGCGAGGGGAUGUGGGCGAAGGCUGCCUCUCGGAUCUCCGUGAAGGCUGCGUUCACCAUCGUCCUGCCAGCUCAGCAAACAGAACACAAGUGGCACCUUGACAGCUGGGGUGGCCCCAGCCUCCUCCCACCCACCCAGGACCCUAUAAAUCCCCCUUGGCUCCGGCUGGCAAAGAGACAGGAGCUGCACAGCGAGGGAGGGCGAGAUGGACAGCAGCUCCAAAGAGGCACUGCUGGAUGAGGCACCGCCGAGCUACACGGCCUCCUCCCGCCUGCCCUGCAUCCCCCACCAGCUCAAGUGCCUCCUGAUCGUGGUGGUGGUGGUGGUGGUCCUGGUGGUGGCCAUUGUCGCCUUCCUCCUGCUGGGGCUGCACAUCACCGAGACACAUGCCGAAACGGUCUUGCGAAUGACCAUCCAUGGCCUGGAUGGUGAAGGGACCCCCCAGCACCUCUCCAUGAGCAAGAAGGAAAGGACCGGGACGUUCGCCGUGCAGGAUGGGCUCAAUGCCUCUGCCGUGGUGGUGUACGACUACAGCAAGCUGCUGGUCGGCUACAGGUCCUGGCAUCACCGCGCCUGCUACAUCACCCGCAUGGAUAAGGACAACAUCCCAGGGCUGGAUGCUGUCACCAAGACCUUCCAGCACUGGCAGGCUGAGAUGAAGGAGGCUGGGGAAAACGCCAUGCCCCUGGCCGACCGCUCCAUCCUGGGCACCACCGUUAACAUCCUCUGCAGCACCGUCCCUGUAUACUGGGCAUAGCGCCGGCUGGGGUCUGCUCCUGGGGGACGGGACAGUGAGAUGGGGAUGUCACCGUCCCCAUGUUCCCCGUGUUGCCUUCCAGGCGGAAUGCCCAGGCAUGUCUCCUCCUCCCCAUCCCCAUCCCACCUGCAGCCCAAGGGCAGCCCCCCUGCCAUCGGGGUGCUCCGUCCACAGCUGCUCGGCACCACGGCUUUCCCAUUUUUGCAAUAAACAAGUGGGAUUGGC